AUGUGCAGUUUAACACCGUUAAAAUCAACUCAAACUAUACCACACCCGCAUCCUUAUCCGCCAUCAGACCCGGAAACCGGUAGCACCAAUAGGGAUAAGGAACAUAGGGGAUCAACAGUGCCCCCUGAACAGCCCAUAAAACCAGACAAAAAUGAAAAAGUGCCGUCGGUAUGGUCUUGUGCUCUUGCUGGUGGGUUUGGAGGGCUAAUUGGUGACACUUCAAUGCAUUCUUUAGAUACUGUCAAAACAAGGCAGCAAGGUGCUUCCCAUAUGUUGAAAUACAGCAAUACACUGGUGGCAUACCGUACUAUCUUCCGUGAAGAAGGUUUUCGUAGAGGUCUCUACGGAGGAUAUAGUGCUGCUAUGCUUGGAUCACUACCGUCUUCAACAGUUUUUUUCCUAUCAUACGAAUAUGUGAAACGUCUCGCAAUUAACGAUUUUGGUGUGCCUGAAACUCCAGCUUUUCUUAUUGCUGGUUUUUUGGGUGACCUUUUUUCCUCGGUGUUCUAUGUUCCUUCAGAAGUUCUCAAAACUAGGUUACAAUUACAAGGUCAAUAUAACAAUCCCUAUUUUAAAUCUGGGUACAACUAUAAAGGCUUGAUUGAUGCAACUGUCUCAAUCAUUCGAAAUGAAGGGUGGAGUACCUUGUUUUAUGGCUACAAAGCAACACUGACAAGAGACUUGCCAUUUUCAGCUUUGCAGUUUACCUUCUAUGAGAAAUUCCGACAAUUGGCUUUUUCAUUAACAUCAGAUGAAGCUGUUGCUACUUUCGAACAAACCGAAGGGAGAUCAUUGCCUUUAUAUGCAGAACUACUUACCGGUGCUGCGGCUGGCGGUUUGGCAGGGACAUUAACCACGCCUUUGGAUGUUGUCAAGACAAGAAUGCAGACACAAAACGGCUCUUCCAAAGUUAUCCUAAAUUCCAACUCUAUUUUCUCCAGUUUGAAAACUAUUUACAGAACUCAAGGUUUCAAUGGAUUAUUCUCAGGAGUUGUUCCUCGGUUUGUUUGGACAUCCGUCCAAAGCUCGGUCAUGUUGCUGUUAUAUCAGGUCUUCUUAAAGGCGCUCAAUUCAGAUGAAAACGUCUUGGAGGGAUAG